UCCGAAUUUACAAGGUUGCAACACAACAUCGUAUCCCGUUAAUGGCGCUAGAAUGUCGGGAAUACCGGGGAUGAGUCAACCUCUUAGCGGUGCAGUGACUCUCAAAGAUGACUCUGACGAUGAAUCAUUUUUGCUGCGGACACCAUCAGUGGCUUGGAAACAACUCGUAUAAAAACCACCGGUGCCUGAGUUUUCCCUCGAACCCAUUGUGUCCCCAGGGGAAAAAAAAAAAAAAAAAAGGAAGGGAAUUAUGACAGAUCCUUUGGUUCGCGUGGGUGUGGGUGUGAUUAUCAAGUGUCGGUUUACUGAUGGAGUCAAGUUCCUGAUUGGGCAACGCAAAGGGUCGCAUGGUGCUGGGGCAUGGCAGGUGUGCGGUGGCCAUUUGGAAUACAAUGAGUCAUUUGAAGAGUGUGCUCGAAGAGAAGCUUUGGAAGAAACCAACUUGCAACUGGAAAACCCUCAACUGCUGACGGUGGUCAACGACCCUAUGCCACUGGAGCGCAAACAUUAUGUGACCAUUUUUAUGCAUUGUGAAGUGCAACCCAAAGAUAUUAGUGAUCUGCGCACCAUGGAACCCGAGAAAUUGGAAGGCGACUGGAAAUGGGUCACCUGGAAUGAACUUUUGCAGACAAAGCCCCUAUUUGCCCCUCUAGCCUCUUUGACACACAUUGCUCAAACCUCAAAUCCACUUUUACUCACUCAGUUACUACAAAGCCAAUCGUAAUCUUACAACACAUCCGCUUGUAAAUACCAUGAUCAAAGAAAAGAUAAAACAAAAUGAUUCAAACAAAGCGAAAAAUAUAAUAUACCGUAAAAUUCUUUUUUG